GGUGGUGGCGGCGGCGGCGGGGGGACGGCUCCGACGACUUCACUCGAGCGGCGGCUGCGGCGGCGGGGUCGCUCACAACAAAAAAAGGCGAUCCGAGCGCUUAAAUUAAAUCACAAUUAACGAUUGCAGAUAACCUUACGGCGUUACCGGCAGCGAAAUAAUGCUAAGCGUCGCGCUCACAACGCUGUAGCAUUGCGAGCGUUUUUUCGUUUUAUUAUUGUCAGCGUUGCGGUAACAAGGUUAUAAGAAUAACUCUCAUACAGAGCAAGGGAGAGUGCGCGCGUCUAAAUUGUAAGGCGAUUAUAAUUAUUAGCAUUAUUUUUAAUAUAGCUAGUAUAGUAACCAUAACGAUAGCAUCAUUGUCAGGCUCUGUAAAGCAGCAGCACUUGCUUAUCGUUGGUGCAUAUAUAGAUUACACAAUUAAUGUUUGACGUAAUAUAUAACUGGUGUUUGCAAUAAUUGUAAUAACUAUCAAUGCGUUCACAAUAGUAACAUCGACAGACAGUCGCGUAAGCAGUAGCGCACGAGUAGUUUAGCAUCUUGAGUUGCAAUACGUUUAUAAUUAUUCACAGUUAUAAUUCGCAUAAUACAACAUCGUGUUGGUUAACAGGCUUGUUAGAUAACACGAACUCUUGACUUUCAACGUAUCUGCAAUAAUUACCGCCACUUAUCAUUGCCGCACAAGCAGCAUCUCCUAACGACGGAGAUAGCAUCGGCACGGCAUCGUUCUCACGAGUAGCAGCAUCAGCAGCACUGCUGGACUACGUGUCGGUGAUGAACUUAUAAGAGACCAUAACCAGCCUCUCAAAUUACAAUACAAAACAGCAACUUACACAGCGACAACGACCAUUUGUCUACCCAUCACAUUAUUGACAAUCACAAUUAUUUACAAUAUACGACACCAGCAAAAAAAUAUCGGCAGUAACAACAGCAGCAGCAGUAACAACAGCAGGAACAGCGGGUUGCACCGAACUCCCAUAGGUGAUGAAUAUACAGAUACCGGACGGACUCACGGAGCUCCUCCAGACCUUCACUGUGGAAGUCCUCCGCAAGAGACCGGCGGACAUCGUCUCUUUCGCCGCGGACUAUUUUGUCCAGCUCAAGGCGGCGCGGCUGGGACCGCAGGGCCGAGAUGGGAGGCAGCAGAAGCAGCAGCAGCAGGUAGAUGACCUCGUCUCCCCUCCUCUGGUGGCCCCGGGUUCUCCACCUGGCUCCCGCGAGUCAUCCGCCUCGUCCCCCGGGUCUUCGUCCCCGCCUGCCGAUGGCCGAGGAGGUGGCGGAGGGCUUCUGGCGUCGCUGGUCAACUUCGUGCCAAGGGGCUCGGUGGACCGUGAUGAGGACGGUGAUGAUGAUGACGACGACGAGUCGGAUUUUGAAGCACCUGUGAUCAACCGCUAUGGAAGGCGAGCAUCUGUUUGUGCCGAGGCCUACAACCCAGACGAUGAAGAGGAGGACACGGAGCCGAAGGUGGUCCAUCCCAAGACAGAUGAACAGAGAAACAGGCUCCAAGAGGCCUGCAAGGACAUUCUGCUUUUCAAAAACCUGGACCAGGAGCAGCUCUCCCAGGUGCUGGACGCGAUGUUUGAGCGCCAGGUGGACAACGGCGAGCACGUCAUCGACCAGGGCGACGACGGCGACAACUUCUACGUCAUCGAGAGGGGCGUGUUCGACAUCUUCGUGAAGAUAGAUGGCGCCCCCAAGAAGGUGGGCUGCUAUGACAACCGGGGCAGCUUCGGCGAGCUGGCGCUCAUGUACAACACUCCGAGAGCCGCCACCAUCGUGGCCACCACCGAAGGCUCGCUCUGGGCCAUGGACCGGGCAACGUUUCGGCGAAUCAUCCUGAAGAACGCCGCGCAGAAGCGCAAGAUGUACGAAGCCUUCAUUGAGUCGGUGCCCCUUCUCAAGUCCCUCGAUGCGUCGGAGAGGAUGAAGGUGGUGGACACCAUCACCACCAAGUCAUACGAAGACGGGGAGCAAAUCAUCGCUCAGGGAGCCAAGGCUGACUGUUUCUUCAUUGUGGAGGCUGGGGAAGUGAGGAUCAUGAUGAAGAGCAAAACCAAGGAGGGGGAGGUGGAGAUCGCACGCUGCACAAGGGGCCAGUACUUCGGAGAGCUGUCCCUCGUCACCAACAAGCCCCGAGCGGCUUCAGCCUACGCUGUUGGAAACGUCAAGUGCGCAGUCAUGGGCGUGCAGCCCUUUGAGCGCCUGCUGGGGCCGUGCAUGGACAUCAUGAAGCGCAACAUCACGCACUACGAGGAGCAGCUGGUGGCGCUGUUCGGGACCAGCAUGGACAUAUCGGAGAACUCCAGUCCCGCGCCUGUCUAGACGGGUUGCGGUCAGGCGUCCAUUCGGCUCGCGUCCUGCAAUUCGCGACGGAAAAGUUAUUUCGCCCGACGGAGCGUUGUUUGUCACCGGCGAGUCCGCGAGUGGACGCGAACGAUCAAAGCGCGAUGGUGACGACAACGACUGUCCCCCCCCCCCACUCCCUCCGCCCGCAAAAUAUUUCCAGGGUUUUCUUUGAUUGGCCGACCUGAUAAUAUUGGGUGGGGGGGGGGGUGGUGGGCUAUUGCGAGCUGCUCACACCAACUUCGAAUAACUUGAGAGUGUCUUGGCUGUUGUCGCCUUGACUGAGAAUAACUAAAAUGUGAUCCGGAGACUUAAGACGAAUUCCACAGGUUAAGGUUAACAAGAAAGUAUUAAAAAAAAAAAUCUGACAUUUCCAAAUUACCACUGGACUGGACGUGUCUGCCCGUUGCAGCAAAACAAAAAAAUUCCCGACAGGGCAGCGAAAGAAAAACAAAUGCCGCCUGUGUCCACUCCACGGGCCGCGAUUGUUUCUGUUCGUAGUGCGUGGCUGCUUGCGCGUUUUGCUAUCAGGGUCUGUUGUCUGUCCGUAUACUCGUUCAUUGGACUUUAGAGCCGAUAUGUUAAUUAACUCAUCUGGUUUUUUUUUUCUACCACGCCCUGUCGAUAAAAAGAUCGUCGUUACACUUGAGGUGUAAGCGAAACUGAAACGUGUGUCGUCAGCUGGUUAUGGAGUCUAGCACGCACCCAUAUGAAAGAUGAUGACGUCGAUAAUGCCGUUGGAAUAAUUUCCCCCCACGCAUUUCUGGACGUUGCCGUGUGUCGCUCGGCAUGGGCGUUCCACUUGGAUAACAAGUGAGAAAUUAUAGCGAAAACAUACGUGUUUUAUCUCAAAUCUCCCAACCAAUAAAUCGAUUAUCGACAUGGAGCACGUUGCAUUCACGUAAUUCACCCUCGCUUCAAAAGGAUGUGAUUUUUGGCGUGUUGUACUGUUUUGCCACCCUACAAACGGGGCCACGCCAGGGCCGUGCCGGGCCAGCCCAGCGUGCAGCCCGGGAGUUGGCACCAGGGGUGGUUUUUUCGACCGCGUGACACGAUCCGUGCCCUCCAACGUCACACAAACGAGUCGACACGCCGUGUAUGUGAUGGUGGCAACACCAUGCCCUAGCGGUCGGAAAGAGUAAGCGUGUGUCAUUCAAAGCCAUCGGGGGGUGGGGGGGGGGGAAGCGGGGGUGUGAGUAUCCAUAAGUGGGUCUCCCCUUGUAUCUCGAAAAUAUUAAAGCGACCCCUGGUUCGCACAUUGGAGGGCGGUACUUUCCCACCCGCCGGCAUUCGACGUUUUCGCACAACGUUAAAACCGAUAUUUUAAUUCUCGUGGCGGGGAUGUAGCCAAAUUAAGUGCAGAACCAAAUUUGAAUGCGAUGGAUUUUUUUUUUAUUCCAUUGUCAGUGACCUGGCUGAAAACUGUGAAUUCACGACACUUGAGAACCGGGAUUAAUCGCAGGAAUAGAACCCAGAAUCCCAGCUCAGUGUUCUGACAUCUGAACCACCCGAUCUCCUUGCACACAUUCAAAUUGUUAUUCGUCAGGGUAGGAUUUUUGCAUAACUGUCUUCGUGUUUUGCUCGAUUAUUUUCUUCAUUGUUACAUCACCAACAUCUUUAAAAUUUUGUUCUUGGCCAGCACUGUUAGCAUUGGGGUUUAUCGUUUUUCACUAAAUAUCUUGCAAUUUUCAAAACUGCCUCCACCCCCCGUCAUCCUCCCUUGAACACUGGUUCGUCUAAGUCUGUCUGUGCUGUGUGCUGUGCUCGUGUGCGUGUGUGUGUGCGGUCUGCGCUCACUAACAGCACUUGCCCCAAAACUAUAUUAAGGCUAUACGGGGGAUCUUUGCCUUCGUGGAUGAGGAUAUCACCCCCCCGCUGGUUGGUGAAGGUGGAGAGCAUUGAAAUAGAGCACAACAGUAGGUUUAACGACUGCAUUGGCCUCUGCUUGCCGAACAGCGUAACCUUUGUAACCCCGGCAGUUAAGCGACAGCUGUGUGGUGGUUGGGCCUCUGCUGUUGGCAAAUGUGGCUGUUGGUACGUUGUGGGGGUUGAUGGAUUUAGCCGGUCAUGGGAAGAAUCUGGCGUGACGGCAGCAACCGUCUUGGUUGCAGCUCGCAAAGGGCACGGGUAGACUUUUAAUGGGGCGGUGGUGGGGGCUGACACGAACACAAAACUAUCCGCUCAAUUUAUAAGUGUGAAUUGUAACGUUUGUGAUCGAUUCCAAACCUCGAGCCAUUUGUCGAUAACGCUGCCCUGAAUAGGACACGAUACACUGUAGUUGGUGGCGUUUAGAGCAACGGCACCGCUACAUAAGCGAGACUGGCCCGUGCUAAAAACGUUGCCUUAUUACUCGAUUACAGGAUGAACUUUUUUCCACCUGAGGGUGCAUCUGGUGGUCCGAUAGGGGUGUGCGUGCGUGCACACGACUCGAUUUGUACAACUUGAUUGUCUCAGGUUUGUGGUGCAACUUUCCGCAGCACCUUUAUAAUCCAGAGAAAACAUAGUUUUGGGUUGGUAGCUCAGCGCACAAAUCUUGGCUGCCUGUAAUCCACCACGGUGGAGGCAGCUGUGAGGGUUGGUGGAUCCCGUGGGCAUCGGGGAGUGGACUGAUCGCCAUCUGUUGCCAUCGGUACGGGGCUAGAGUGUUGCCCCCUCGUGCGCGGUGGUUUUCUCCAGGUGCUCCGGUUUCCUCCCACUUGUAUAAAUGCUACAUUGGCUGAAGACAUCUUUUAAAAUUAAAAUAAAGUAAAACCCACUGCAGGACCCUCCUGUAAAAUAAUGCAUACGACUUAGUGUGCCUUCACUAAGUUUAAAACUAUUACGAUAUAUUUUCUUUCUUGGUGGGGUUCAGUGUUGUCGAUAAAAAUGCGUUGAGUUUGUGUUCUCUGCGGGCCACUGCCAACACAGUCUCGCAAACAAAAACUUUAGAUAGUUUUUCUGCCCCUCCCCGCCACCGCUAACGGCCGGUGCACAUAGACGCUCGCAGUGUCCUUUCGCGUGCCAAAGACGCCGUAACCCGAUUGGUUGAGGCCCUUCUGGCGUGAGGAUUUUUUUUCCUUUCAAUAUACUAAAAUGACACCUCGUCAAGCCAUACUAAAAUAGAAAGUUAAUUGACUUCAUGAAUGCCGGCAAAAUGACACGUGGAUGGGGUUGGAAGCAUUUGUUGUUGCACACAGUUUUAAUAAGCACAACGUGGGCCAGGUAUAUAUAAAGUUUGUUUUUUGGCCCUCUGCUGGGUUAUGACAUUUAAAUGGUGGGCAUCUCGGCUUCAUAUUCCAUUGCGAACUUUAAUGGACAACUGCUGUACUUGAGCUAAAUCCUCACACGUGUGUGUGCGCGCGCGCACGGACCACGCCUUUCCAAACGCAAUUGAAUUUAAACGUUCACCACGCGAUCGGAUUAGUCGAUGUGUUCAUCGUCCCUUGUAGCUUGUCAGCAAAACCUGAAUAAUAAGCGUUUCAAGUCAGGGUACCGACGACUCUGGUUAGACGGGCGCAAUGUUGUGACGUAACCCUGCGGCGUAACCUUGUUUAAAGGAGGUGGGGGGGUCCCAUACAAAAACUCAGGGUGGGUGGGGGGGGCAUGGCACACUCAAUGUUUAAACGAACUUGACACGCUAAACGUGAUACGGAAAUAGCAACGAUUUGAUUGUCGCCUUUUGUGGCCGGGCUGCUGCUGCACGGCCCAGGCGUUGUUUUCGGGUUGUGCCACCACAGGGUUGCUCUUUGCGAUGUCCGAUGUUUCGCUCCACGCACUGCGAGCUUCUGAAUUCUGGGACCUUCUAAUUCGGUUCCUCAAGAAGUUCCCAGCAACGUGGGGGUGAGACGUCGGACAUCGGGCAAGGACAGUGCUUGGCAUGAGCUGAAAGCGCUUUUAAAAGCUACGAUCACGAUUGCCACCACCAUCAUCACUGGCAUCAUGGUACCAAGAUCAUCUUGUACCAACAGUUUUUGACUUCGAGAAUUUGUUGACAGCGGCGAAGCUUUCAGCAGGAGGACUCGGGCCCCAUCCAGCCCUCCUCAACGCCACGGCAGCCGCUGUCACGGUUUGCUAAACAAGUGGGUUUUGUGAGUGUCGCAAGGAUAAGUGGGAUUCUCGUAUUGAAAGGAGGUGACUUGGGCGUGUCGCACCUUCUGCUUCACAACUGAGCCCUGCCCAGACCGUGCCAGGCCAGCCCGGCGCAGAUCCGGACGCGCCGGGGUUAUUUUUCUACAGCGGAACGCACUCCGUGCCGCCGAAGCCACGUGCAGUGGACAGGUCGAGACACGUGUCAAUGACGCAGCUGGCCUCGCAGCGUGCUGGCUGCCGCGUCGUGGCGGACGCGUCAUGACGGUUGUGUCUUGACGGAUGCGUCAAUUCGGCCCCCACCGCUGGCCGCCUUGUCCCGAGCCAGGUGUCCGAUGUUUUGUGAGGUCAGCGUAAGCACGGUUUGGUUCCGGCUCGACACGGUGACGAGCCAGUGUAAAAGCACCCGUACCGCGAAGGGCCAUUGUGCUCGAUUGGCUAGCUUGGCUCUGAUGUGCCAGUGGAAAAAAAAGGCUUAUUGUUGUUUCCUAGGAGGUGAACGCAAAGUGUUUCUCAGUCCGUUGGUGAUUUAUGUUUUUAAUUUCUCGUGCAAGCGUCGUGGGUGAUGCUUUGUUUUUUUUCGCUUGCUGCAGUGUUUUUUAUCGGUUUGUGUUUUUAGAAAAUGGUACGGACACUGCUACUGCCAACACCUGAAAAAUGGCCCAGGGAUUUUUUCUACUGGGGUUCCUACUUCCAACCAGUGUGCAUUUUGGUAUUUUCUGACACUGAAAUAAACAAAUAAAAAGACAUUGGGGUUUUUU